AAGGGCCAAUCCGUCGUCCUUGGAUCUGAUCGAAGGGACAAGAAAAAAGAAAAAGAAGUUAAAUCAGAUCGUUUCUUGCCGAAUCCUUUAAGUUUUAAGAGAAGCGACGAUGGCGUUGGCGAAUUUCACGGAAACGUCCAAAGAGGUCUACCACUUCCUGUUCUACGAGCUGGCCGAUCCAAGAACGAACGAGUGGUUCCUGAUAGCAAAUCCUUUCCCGGGAUUAGCGAUCAUCGCUGCGUACCUCUAUUUCGUGCUCAGCUGGGGACCUAGGUAUAUGGAGAACAGGAAACCUUACCAGCUCAAACACACGCUCAUCGGAUACAACUUAAUCCAAGUUACCAUUAGUAUUUACAUCUUCUACGUAGCUCUCGUCGGUGGUUGGUUGAACAAGUACAGUUGGAAAUGCGAACCUGUGGAUUUCUCUAAUAACGAGGAUGCUUUGUUCGUAGCGACCGGUGUGUAUUAUUACUUUCUAGCCAAGAUCUCGGAGCUGCUGGACACGGUUUUCUUCGUGCUGCGGAAGAAGAACAACCAAGUGACGUUCCUCCACCUGUACCAUCACACCGUGAUGCCGAUGAUCAGCUGGGGUUGCACGAAGUACUUCCCCGGCGGUCACGGCACCUUCAUCGGCUUCAUCAACUCCUUCGUUCACAUCGUCAUGUACACGUACUACUUGCUUGCAGCGAUGGGCCCGUCCAUACAGAAGUACCUUUGGUGGAAAAAAUACAUUACAACGCUUCAACUGUUGCAAUUUUGCGUAGCCUUCAUUCAUUCUAUGCAGCUGUUCUUCUACGACUGCGACUACCCGAAAUGGUCCACGAUCUUCGUGUUACCCAACGCUAUCUUCUUCUACUACCUCUUCAACGAUUUCUACAAGAAAGCUUAUCAGAGGUCCGCAUCCAAGAAGAGCAUCGAAGUGAUGGUGGAGAAAACGAACGCUCAACUGUUCAGCCUCGCCGAUUCCAGGUCCAGCAGCUACAAGAAGAGGGAAUGAAGAAGCAAUAACGUUAACUUUAUCUUCUUACUGUAUUUAAUUAAUUGAUAAACCAAGGCUGAACUCUAUUCCAUGUACCUAUGUUAUAAACGUA